AAAUGUGAAAUUUAGAGGAGGUGACACAAGAGAAAAAAAAUUCUUUAAAAAGAGGACAAAAGGCCAGAAGAGAUAUAUUCAAUUUGAGUUUCUAGUUGGAUGAAGGAUCUCUGACUCAGAGUUGGACUGGAGACAGACACUUGAGGAGCAAAUGGAAGACAAACACCCAGACUUCUUUUCAUUUAGAUGGUCAUUGUUGGUGAGUGAAAGACUGACAGUGACCCUGCCUUUCUAGAGGCGUGAAGCCUCUAGGAAAGGCCCAUCAUAUUGAAACUCUCUUCCCCUGGCUGAGGUUUAUAAAUUUCUGACUGGCUCAAAGGAAGCCAGAGUCUUCUCUCUCUCUUUCCUCUAUUGUAAAUAAACUACUACAAAUUAAUUUUACUUUAGUAAUUCAUUUUGGAAUUUAGAAAUUGAAUCCCUGGCAAUAACCUAUAUAAAUAUUCAAAGUCCAACCACAAAUAAAUUUAACAGUGUCCAUUGUUUACCCAAGAGAGCUGUGUCCCAGGAUGCACAUUCAAGUUUAUACUCCUUUAUUAUUCUUGCCAUUUCUUUUGGUUUCAAAGAAGUCUUGAAUUCAUUUGAGAUCUUAGGAGUUACACCUUCUAGUAUUCAAGGUCUGUUCUAAAAAAAAUGUACCCUGAUUGGAGAAGGGGAACUGGCUUUUCCCCUUGGACCUAGGAGUCACAUAUCCUCAUAUUCCUGGGAGCUCAGACUUAAAAGGCAGCAGCUUUGCUGGGUGGGAAAACCUCAGUCCUCUUAUUUGCCUGGUUUCUUUCUAUAUCUUUCUAUAUCAAGAGCUUUUAUCAAACUCUUAAUAUAUGUAUGGUUCCAUGUUAUGGUCAUGUUCUGUUGAAACAACUAGGUUUCCUACUGCAUAAAUCUCCAGUAUAAUUUAUCUUUAGAAAUUGUUGUAAGGACCGAGGUAGCUACGAGUCCCAAAAUGCCGGAUUACCUAGGCGCUGAUCAGCGGAAAACCAAAGAAGAGGAGAAGGAUGAUAAACCCAUCCGAGCACUGGAUGAAGGUGAUAUUGCCUUGUUGAAAACUUACGGCCAGAGUACUUAUUCUAGACAGAUCAAGCAAGUAGAAGAUGAUAUCCAGCAACUUCUUAAGAAAAUCAAUGAGCUCACUGGCAUUAAAGAGUCAGAUACUGGCUUGGCUCCCCCAGCUCUUUGGGAUUUGGCUGCAGAUAAACAGACCCUUCAGAGUGAACAGCCCCUGCAGGUUGCGAGGUGUACAAAGAUAAUCAAUGCUGAUUCAGAGGACCCAAAAUACAUUAUCAACGUGAAACAGUUUGCCAAAUUUGUGGUGGACCUUAGUGAUCAGGUAGCACCCACUGACAUUGAAGAAGGAAUGAGAGUUGGUGUGGACAGAAAUAAGUAUCAAAUUCAUAUUCCUCUGUCUCCCAAGAUUGACCCAACAGUUACCAUGAUGUAAGUGGAAGAAAAACCUGAUGUCACAUACAGUGAUGUUGGUGGUUGCAAAGAACAGAUUGAGAAGCUACGAGAGGUGGUUGAAACUCCACUGCUUCAUCCAGAGAGGUUUGUUAACCUUGGUAUUGAACCCCCAAAAGGUGUGCUUCUUUUUGGUCCCCCAGGCACGGGCAAGACUCUUUGUGCUCGUGCUGUUGCAAACAGAACAGAUGCCUGCUUCAUCCGAGUUAUUGGAUCUGAACUUGUGCAGAAAUAUGUUGGAGAGGGGGCCCGAAUGGUCCGUGAGCUCUUUGAAAUGGCUAGAACCAAAAAGGCCUGCCUUAUAUUCUUUGAUGAAAUUGAUGCUAUUGGAGGUGCUCGUUUUGAUGUUGGAGCUGGGGGUGACAAUGAAGUACAGAGAACCAUGUUGGAACUUAUCAAUCAGUUGGAUGGAUUUGAUCCUUGAGGUAAUAUUAAAGUACUAAUGGCUACCAACAGACCUGAUACUUUGGACCCAGCAUUAAUGAGGCCCGGGAGACUGGAUCGAAAGAUUGAAUUUAGCUUACCUGAUCUGGAGGGUCGGACACAUAUUUUCAAGAUUCAUGCUCGUUCAAUGAGUGUUGAAAGAGAUAUAAGAUUUGAGUUGUUAGCACGGCUGUGUCCCAAUAGCACUGGUGCUGAAAUUAGAAGUGUUUGCACUGAAGCAGGGAUGUUUGCCAUCAGAGCACGACGAAAAAUUGCCACUGAGAAAGAUUUCUUGGAAGCUGUGAAUAAGGUCAUUAAGUCAUAUGCCAAAUUCAGUGCUACUCCUCGUUACAUGACAUACAACUAAUCACUGGAAAUUUCCAAAGUAAAUUGCUUCUCAAUUGGAAUAACUUGUUCUUAUAAAGAAAAAUUUCAGUUACAUAGACUUGUUUAACCAUCAUAAUUAGUGCUUAAUAAACAAAUAAACUUAAAAAAAAAAAGAAA